GUGCGGGAAUGUGAACUUUGCCAGAAGAACCAACUGUAACAGAUGUGGAAGAGAAAAAACGACAGAAGCCAAAAUGAUGAAAGCUGGAGGGACUGAAAUAGGGAAGACGCUUGCUGAAAAGAGCCGUGGGCUCUUCAGUGCUAACGACUGGCAGUGUAAAACAUGUGGUAACGUGAACUGGGCCAGAAGAUCAGAAUGUAAUAUGUGUAAUACUCCAAAGUACGCGAAAUUGGAGGAGAGGACAGGAUACGGAGGAGGAUUUAAUGAACGAGAGAAUGUUGAAUAUAUAGAACGUGAGGAGUCGGAUGGGGAGUACGAUGAGUUUGGACGCAAAAAGAAAAAGUACAGAGGGAAGCCAGUUGGUCCUGCCUCUAUCCUGAAGGAAGUAGAAGAUAAGGAGUCUGAAGGGGAAGAUGAGGAGGAUGAGGAUGAAGAUCUCUCCAAAUAUAAAUUGGAUGAGGAUGAGGAUGAAGAUGAUGCUGACCUCUCAAAAUACAAUCUUGAUGCCAGUGAGGAAGAGGACACUAAUAAGAAAAAGAAACCCAAUAGGCGCAGUCGCUCUAAGUCUCGGUCUUCCCACUCGCGAUCUUCAUCGCGCUCAUCCUCUCAUUCAAGCUCAAGGUCUAGGUCCAGGUCCCAUUCAAGAAGUUCUUCCAGUUCCAGAUCAAGAUCUCGUUCCAGUUCCAGGGAGCACUCUAGAUCUCGUGGGUCGAAAUCAAGAUCCAGCUCCAGGUCCUACAGGGGGUCUUCCACCCCAAGAAAGAGAUCUUACUCGAGCUCUCGUUCUUCCUCCUCCCCCGAGAGAAGCAAGAAGCGAAGUCGUUCUCGAUCUUCUUCAUCUGGUGAUCGCAAAAAAAGACGAUCGAGAUCACGGUCACCCGAAAGACGCCGCAGAUCAUCAUCUGGAUCUUCCCAUUCUGGUUCCCGUACAAGUUCUAAAAAGAAAUAAUGUAUUAAAGCUCACCUUUAAAAAACAAAAAACCCAGGAAAAACAAAUUCCAGUCAGUGCAUGAGACAUUUUUAAGAAGUUGGUGUCUUACUUGGUCAGAAGUGCUAAAUCUGCUAGUAGAGGUGCAUGUCUGUCCUUGCUUUCUGGAAACCUGCAGCUUUGUUCAUGAAACAAAACGUGAGGUAGCAUUUUAAGCCAUAAACUCCUCAGAGGAGGUGUGA